UUUCGUUAAGGAAAUUUAUAUUUAAAAAAUUUUUAACUAUUUCAAAGUACUUCUAAUAAUGGAAAAUCUGUAUAAGGUUAACGCUGUCCGUUCGUAAUAAUAGGCGGUGUUAAACAAAUUCCAAUAGUAUUUUUUUGCGUGCAGAAAAGUGCAUUGCUGUGUCCAAUCUAAAUGAACGAUUUUCCAUGAUGUUGUUCGUGGACGGUGGCCUUGAUAGGAAAACCCGAGGCACAGAGCAGAGGAGCGUAGUGUACUUAAUUAAUAAAUCAAUCGAUUCAUUUUAAAGAGAUCUCGGACGUUGACCGACGCCUUGAUGGGGCGAAUAGCGACAGUGUAUCACUCAAUUACUAAGCCCGCUGUAACAUCAUAAUCGGUCACGCGUGUUAUGCACUCGACAAAUUCCAUCGCUAUCCCGUUUUUGAUAACUGUAACCUUGGUUAUAUUCACUAUUGCGGGUCUACGUCAAAGGUGACAACGAGCCAAGAGCUACACGGUUUUUAAUUUGACUCGUAGCAACUGCGCAAGGGUGGCGCGAGGUGUCAGUGACAAGGUGUAUCUAACCUUAAAAUGCGAUCAUCCGUGAUAACCAAUGUGAUUGUACUGUUUGGACUGCAUUUGUCGUAUUGGUGUUGGAACACGGUAGAUGCCAGCGGCGGGGCACUCGACACGAGCUCGAAUUUUCAAUCUGGUUCAACUGGAAGUUCACAUUCCAAAGUCACGGCAUUCUCCGCGACACUUACCGAUGGAUUAGCGCAAGCCGUGGCUCACGAAGCUGGUUCCGAUACUUGUAACGAUGACCUAGCUUGUCUUACACUGGCUUCUCAUGAUCGACUAGGUUUAGAAGCUAUCAAAUCACUCCACAGUCAACUAGACGAUGAUGCCAAUGGAAAUGUGGAUCUUUCAGAGUCAGAUGAUUUUUUAAGAGAAGAGUUACAAUAUGAAGCUGGGUAUGAAAGGAGACAGAGGGCUUUCCAUCAUAAUGAUGAUAUGCAUAUUAGUGUUCGAGAACUUUGGGAAGCCUGGCUAAGGUCAGAGGUUCAUAAUUGGACUAUAGAACAAACAUCAGAAUGGUUGGCUUCUAAUGUAGAUCUUCCACAAUAUGUUCCUACUUUUAUACAACACCGUGUAACUGGUGCUACACUUCCAAGAUUGGCUGUGAACAAUAUGCAAUACCUAAGUAAUGUGUUAGGGAUCAAGGAUCCCAUUCAUAAACAAAAAAUUGCCUUAAAAGCUAUGGAUGUAGUUCUUUUUGGGCCACCAAAGGAUACUGGACAUGGCAUCAAAGAUUUGGUAUUAAUAACAUUGUUAUUCGGAGCGCUUAUCGGAUGUUGGUAUGCAUAUCAGCAGAAGAAAAAUUCACAGAAACAUCUCCACAGAAUGAUGAAGGAUAUGGAGAGUUUACACAAAGCAGAAUUGGCACUGGAGGACUUGCAAAAAGAAUUGGAGAGGGCACGAAUGGAACAAGAAAGUGUAACUACUGAGAAACAAAACUUAGAGAAACGUUUACAAGACGAAAGUGUGGGAUUGCAUGCUUCUUACUCCGAUCUCGAAGUUUCUCAAUUAAAGGCGGAAAUCGAAAUGUUAAAAGUUGAAUUGCAACGUGCAGAGGGCGAACUCGAAGAUAGAUGUUGGUCUCCUCCUGCUGGAUUGCAACAUUGGUUACAAUUAACUCACGAAAUUGAAAAUAAAGCAUAUACCAAGAAAAAGAUAUCUGCAGAGAAACAGUUGCAACAAGCACGAGAAGCAUGCGAGAAACUGCGAAAAAAACGAUCGAGUUUAGUAGGAGCGUUUGUUUCAACUCAUGGAAAAUCGAUCGAUGAAGUUGACAAAAGUAUAGUUGAGGCAAGAACUGCUCUAAACGAAGUCACCGUAGAAUUGCAAGAAAGAGUACAUCGUUGGAAACAAAUUGAGCUGCUAUGUGGCUUUAAUAUAAUCAAUAAUAAUGGUCUAAGUUAUUUAGAAACUGUUCUAUACAGAGGAACUCCUAACGGUCGAGGUCUUGGACUCAGAGGUCGACUCAGUAGUCAAGAUGACUUAGACGACGAAGCAAGUUCAAUCUACUCGCCUUCAACAUGUGGUGCCGCAGGUACACUAGACAGCCUAAUGUGGAAGGAGUCGUCGGUUCCUCCAGACUCGUCCAGCAGUGAAACCGGGAAGGAUACGCCACCAGAGAGUAACGUUGUACAUUUCACCGUCGGCGAUGGACCCGUCGAGCCCGUCAGAGCAUCCAGCAAAGAGAAACCCAACAUCGUGCGUUCCUACAGUCAAGAUACGAGCAUGCCUCUCUCCGUCGAGGACAAGACUACCUCAUCAUUCCUGUCGAAGUCGUCUUAUUCGGAGAAUUCGUUGGAUUCGUCGAGUCAAGAUCGAUCAGGGCAGCAAAAGAUUGGUCCGACGUCCGCGACGACCGCGAGUACCACCAGCAUCAACUCCACGACAACGACGAGCACAUCGAGCAGCAGCAGGAAAGCGCUGAAGGAACCGCAACAACAGUCAAUGGUGGACGACGAGACGUUAUCGACGGACUCGAACUCGACCACGGACAACGACGAGUCGAAAAAACGACGCCGGAAGAUGUUGUUCACGUUCAGGAGGAAUAAGACCAAGGUCACGUUAUGAAGCCCGCUAGUCAACAUAGCAUACACUAUAUAUCUGUGUUGUAACGUUAUUACUUAACGCUAACUCACCUGCGAUCGAUUAAUUGUGUAAUUACGAGCCGCAACGUGCACUUAAAACAUGAUGGAAACGACUUGUCUCCGCGAACCGGUUGAUCAUUAAUUAGCGAUUAGAUACUGCCGGUACAUAUACGUAUACGUACAUACAGACACACAUUAUCUGUACACACAAAUAGAGGGACAGGUAUAGUUUGGUGGAACAUCGAUGACUUCCCUUCGUUGACCCUUUGGUCUGCAUCAAAUCGGACGUUGGCAUUUAAUCUCGCUUCUACACAAGCCCGAUGCUAUUGAAAUUGAUUGUACGAGUUUGAGAGCUUCCAUCGUGUAUUGCUGUAUUGCAGAAGGUACGUAGAAAAACAGGGGAAAUUAGAAAGUAUCGUAUGAAUUAUGGAAAUGGUACUUACUCUUAAGUAAACUCUCGAUGGAAGAGCAUUCAAAUACGACUUAGGGAUUCGUUACUUAGUCAAUCCAGUUUCAGUAGUUUCUCGGUACUGUAUGUAAUUAGCGUCGAAGCUUCUUGUAAUAUAAAUAUCGCAAACAGACGCAGCUACGAACGUUCAAAUCUUAUUAGAUUUUGAGAAACGUAGCUGGCUCUUUGCAAUCUGUACAUUAAUGUAUGAUACAAGCGUAAGGAAGGGAUUUUGUUAAGGAAUUGUACAGUAUGAGCUUGACGCAUAACGAAAUUGAUUAUGCCAGUGUCUGAUUAAUUAUACAAUAAUAGUAGUGUCACGGUUUAAAGAAGCGUUAGUUAAGUAAGUCUAAGAAAACGAGAAAUACACACCUAACGGCCAACGAUGGAGAGAUAGAUAAUUCUGAGAGUUAGAAACGAUGUUCCGCUCUGCUACUGUCGUGUAGAAUGUUUUUAGUGCCCUACUGUGUCUCCUGUUCUGCCAAAUCUUCGUUCUGUUCGCAACCAGACACCAUCAGGCGACGUCCAAUUUAGAUAGCUAGAUUUUUAAACUCGCGAAAUUCUUUAAUCACAACAAUAUUUUGGUUCGGGGAUGGGCGAUCUUUUCUCUAUACCCGUGUACUUCCUUUUCAAUUUUUGGUAGUAUGGUAUACCAACAGCUCUCUGCCUCAUUCAUUGUAAUUUAAAUUGAGCUUCUUUUUCGUUGGAACGUUCCUUUAAUUUCGCCUUUGUAUUCCACUGAAUAAUAUCCAGCAGCUGUUCACUUUUCGAUUAGUCUCUCUGAAAUAAAAGAAUCUCAAUUUUAAAUAUUUAUAAUAAAUAUAAAUUGUCUUUGGAUUAAGUUUUGUAGUAAAUUAUGAUAGUGAAAAUUGAUCUUUGAACAGCUGCAAUGAACACGAUAUUUUACAAUUUCUAACAACGUAUUGACCUCUUCUUUGAAGCAGUGGAAAUAGUUUACUUGGUCCAUUCCUAUUCUUUCGUGCAUUUUCAUUCUUAAAAUUAUUUCGAAUGCCAGUAAAACAAUGAACGAAGUUCUAGAAAGAUUUCAUAAUCGAUUACAAUUUAUAAAAAUGUACGUUCCUCCGAUGUUUCUCCAUGACGAUACUCGGCCUAAGUAAUCAUUAAGCGAAAUCUACUAAGAAAGAAGUUUCUGUCGUAUCUGCUUUAACAUGUUCUUCACUUUUUGACUAUAAUUCACGAGUCCAGUAUUAUAAUUCCAACAUAGAUUUUUAUUUAAAGAAAAAGAAAAGCGAUCGCUCAUUCCUAGAUCCAUCGUGAUUUGUUUCUCUCGCGCAAAAACACGAAAUUCUAGCGUACUGAAGCUUUCGUUCCUUUUUUUUUUUUUGUUUCUUUUUUAAUCGAUGUACUAGUGGUAGUCGUUAAAUGUAAAUCUUCUUUCUGUUUUCUUUUGUCUUUUCUGCCUUUUAUUUUUCGAAUUCAUUGUUUUUUUUAGGCUCCUACAGUACAGGUCCAGCACAAAUUCUUCCUCUUCGCCUUCCUGUUUGAUUUCUUAAUAUACAUUUAAACAUCGCGAUCUCACAUACUUUAUCAUUUUUUAUCUUUGCGUUGCUUUUUGCAAAUUACGAUUGCCCCCUCUUUCUUCGUAUUACGCUGAGUUAUUAUAUCCUUCUUUAUCCAAAUGUGUCCUCGUUUCUUGAAAAACUUGCGAAAUUUAACGACGAUAUCUUCCGAUUUAAUCGCGUUCGGUUAAAUAGCACGAAUAUCAGAUUCCAUUGUUGAAUUUUGUAUAUUUGUAAGGAGCAGAGCUCUGUUCUAAAAUAGGCGAUAAUAAGAUAAGAGAAUACCUAAAAUAUCUUUAAUUAUUAAGUCAUCCCACGAGUGAGAUAGCGUUUUUAAUAUUAUCUUCUUAAGAACACAAGUAUCUCAAAUAACAAUUGAAAGAGGAUUUGGUGUUGAUCAGAUUUCGAAUAUCUUCCAAAAUAUGUGAAUUUUGGGUAAUUCUCAUUUUUUAGAAGUAAAGUUGUUCACCUAACUGCAGUCAACCAUAAUAUUAGUCCCUUGUUUGAUAAGAUUCAUACUUGUGGAAUGACAUAAUAACAAAUAAUCAUAAAGAGAUUUAGGACACUCAUCCUUCGAGGUUCAUGAAGAUUUGUAAAUAGAAUAUCGUUGAAAAGCAAUAAUCAUUAAGUCGUCUCUGUUUUUCUUCCUAUACAUGACUUUACACGAUAAUGUUUGCAAGUAUUACUAGGUUUAACACUACGAAUAAAGCUCAUGAAUCUCAAAGGAGAGAGAGGAAGGGAACUAGCGUAAAAACCGACUUUUGUGCUUGCCUUGUACCAUAUAGAGAAUUUCUAGUUAAAAUUAUUUACAGUUUUCCAUGAAUCAUAAAAGAGUACAUAAAUCGUGGCAUUUUAUCGUCGCGUUCUUGUUUCAAUUUGUGCCUCGUUUUUUCUUCUUUUCUCUUUCUUUUUUCAAACGUCUCGUUCAUAGUAUUGCGACACCUGUUGUACUUCACCUUUUAGUGCUUAGACGAUUAUGGUCUGCCUGAAAUCAAUUAGUCGUUCAAGGCCAUCGAAUAAUCUCUAUUGUUUCAUAAACUUUAGAAUCUUAUUCAUCACUAAAUUUACGUUCAUCAUUGUAAUAGUGGAGAACGCUAUUGCACGGAUUAUCUAGAAAUCUGAAAGCUUAGAAUAUUAUUAGUACGGAAUGGCAAGCACUAUCCAACUCCCUUUGUAACAGCGUUGAAAAAUUAUCGAGAUAAAGGUUUAGCGAGGAGGAAAGGAGGUACGAUGAUUUAUAAUUAAGAAAGUGACCUUAAGUGACUGACUGUUUUUGGUCAGACUGUAGAAUUAACUUAUUAUCGCUUCCUCGUCAGUCCUCGUCUUCCUUCCUUAUCAUAUUUUUCUCAUUUUAUGUAUAUACACUGUAUAUGUACGUAUAUACAUUAUGUACACAUGCACACACAAGUAUGUCCGUGUACAUAUAAACGUAGAAGCUUAAAAGCGGUGAGGCUGGAACUCUCUGAAACUUAUACCAUGUAAAGAAGGAUAGUGCGAUAAGAUUUAAACUCGAGUAUUAAAUCGACCAUUAUCACACGGAUAUGCGAAGCUAUUGUCACAGACAAUUUUGAUAAGUGUCAUCGCCCUCGCGUCGAUUAACUUUCCGUGCGCCGGUUUUUCCAUGAUCGAAGAGGAAUUCUAUCUUGGAAAUUUAACUCGAAUUCUAAUUAGUAAAAGUUACGUUUGUAAUUGGCACGUGAAAUCGAGAAAAUUCGAGAAGCUGGCAACUUGGAAACUUGACAAUUUGAAAGUCGCGAAUGUCUAGAAAUCGAGGAAGAUGAAAAUUCAAGAGAACCGAGACCACGGAGAGUUCGAAUAAACGCUUAUUGUCCUUUUUGUUUCACUUGUUCUUCCAAAAUGCCUGCACGAUUAAUCGACCAUUUUCGCUUGAUCUUCUCUCUUGUACUACCCGAUGUUUUUAAUAACGCGCGUUUAUUUUGUUGUGCAUCUUUACCCGGACCCAAGAGCAGUGGAUUUCGUUCGCUAUUUUGCGGGUUUCUACUUCCUUUUGUUUCUCCCUUAAUCGUUUCCCUUCUCGCGCGACGCGUAUUCCUCUUGCCAGCUUAUUAUUCCCGAUGACGCUUAACUUCGCUCCUCUCCUAACUGGCAAACUGACACAUUUGUAUCUCAGGGCUAGUCUCAGUUUCUUUUUCCGAUCACGACAACGUACUAAUUAUGAGUACGAUCAUGAGUGUGUUUUUCGGGGGCAUCUUUCUACCUGUAGAGGUAUACACAUUUGAAUAGACAUCGCGCGACCCUCUGGACGAGUUACUUAGGGACGUAUUAUAAGAGAGCGAUAGGCGAAGCGAUCUGACGUUCAAUGGACCAAGUUCGAUUAACGUUAUGUAGCGUUACGUGAAAAAUAAGAAGAGGUAUAGUUGCAAGCAUCAAUAGUUGGAACGUUCUUCUAGGCUCAAUCAUAGUAUUAUAGAAUAGUAGCAUCAGGGAAGAUUGUCGUAGUUAAGAAUUUAAACAAACUUUUAUCUCGAACGAGAUAUCACAGCUUGCGAGGGCUUCCGUAUAUGUAAAAAUACAGCCGUAUAAUUGUAUCAAUUUUAACGUAACACACUGUUUACCAAUUAUACAAAUCUGCCAACUUUAUCACAGUAGUAUCGUUGUUAAAAUGCUUGAGAGAAAAUGGUCCAAACUCUAUUCAGGAUACACUUUUUCGAUGUUUAAAGAUCUAGAUAACGAAACUGCUAGGUAAACGUUGCGUUAAAUUUCAAAAAGUGUGUAUCCGUUGAUUUAUCCGCAGUCUUCUACAGCAGAAAAGAUUUUUCAAAAAUACCUUUCUUCUUUAGCUUGUAUCCGAUUGUUCCGCGAAAAGGUUUCAUCUUCGAAUGAAAUCAAUUUUCCUAUAGGUAUACGAUGCAUUACGUUCGAUUAAAAACUUAAGACUGCAUUGAAUUAAUAAGUGAGAAAGUCUUGCAAUAAAAAUAUAUAACAUGUGUGACACUCGUGUUCCCCAGCAGAACUGAAAAAGAAAUAUUGUUAAUACUUGAUGUAUAAAUCAUGUUUCCCUUUGUCGGGGAUGCUAUGUUCUCCGAAUGAAAAGAAACAAGAAAGAAGGAAGAAAGAAGAAAGAAGCUCACUCCCACGAUUUAAGUCGUUGAUCAAACCGCGUGACAUCUUUAUGGUUGUAUGAUUUAUCGUAAGAGCUGAUAUACGGAAUAAAAGCAAAGGUCAAUUUUGACUA